UUUAAAUACGCCAACGCGUCAGUCAGUAUACACAUAUACACGUUCAGGAUUAAGGAAGUGCUUUAAAAUGUGCAUUUAUACACCGGACUGUUGCGCCAUCUUCUAUCCGAUAUGGUGCAUAUGUUUUGGAGCCGUAGGAAUGUUGUUAGGAAUAUUAAUGGCGACUUCGCAUAGUCCCCAUAGCGAUGUGGUGUCAUUUGCCUUUAGCAUCGGAUUUGCUGUACUCGUCAUUGCACUAACCUACGUCAUUGCUGGGAUACUCAUGAUGCUUGGCGAUAGACUGAACAAUAAAUCACUGUUUAAAACCGGCAUAAUCUUAAGCUACAUUUAUCCAAUCAUGUUUGCAUUAGCCUUAUACCCAAUCAUUGUCCACCUUGUCGCCAUGGUAUAUCUGCACAGCUUUAAAAAGAAUCGCUGGGGAUAGCUUGGAACUACAUCAUAUCCCAAAUGAUAUUUAGAAUGAUAUUGUAACCACGAAUGAUAUUCACCUU